UUUUACACGUACAUUUCGUAUAUCCAAAACAUUAAUAUGGGCUUUGGAUUUUAAAUGUAAUAUAAAUAUAUAUGGUGUUCGAAUUUCUUUGUGCGUAAAUGUGGCAACAGGGCUAUAUGACUUUCAAUUCAAUUCAAACUUCAAUCAUUUCAAAUCGAGUGAAGGGAAGAAACCGUUGAUUUGUCUGCUCCAUACUCCAUAGUUCUUGCAUUUUUUGCUAGUUUUGUUUUGUACAUUUAAAAACAUGACUUCUACUAACAUUCACAUUGGAAUUAACGAGAGAAAGUCCAGCAGAGUUCUAAGGGCUCCUGGCGGAGGUCAUACGGAUAUAUUUGGGACAAGGGACAACGGAAAUGAAAUUUUAACACCAAACAAGCGAAAGAACCACCCUUCUUCAUCCAUUGGAUCUUGUUUUAAUAUGAGUGAGGAGACAAAAGGAACAAAGACUGAACAAGUAACAAACGGUGAAACAGACAAUCCAACAGAAUCAAAUCAACAGCCAGAGAAUCAACAACUUAAGGUAGAUGAGACUGAUGAAAACAAAGCACCAAUUGAAACUAAAGAAAAAGAACAAGAACAAAAGGAAAUUGAAAAAGCCAUUCCACAAACAAAACGUGUUCGCGUCCCUCCUGGCGGUUUCUCAUCUGGAUUUUGGUAAUUAAUAUACAAAACAAUCUUAAGUCUUAAUCAUACUCUUCUAUCUUCAAUGAUUUUCUAAAUAUUUUUUGAAUUAUAUAGAUGUAUUUGUUUAAACACAAAUGCUCCAUCUAAUUUAAAACACCUAGGCUGCAUCAAACCAAAAAUAUUUAUUAUUUUAACGAAAAACCAAGUAAAGUAGUGUGAGCAAUGUGAUGUGUGAUUUUAUCAUUUAUAACUUUUUUUCAUUCCAUGUAAUUCUGUUUAUUGUAAGAAGAUUAAUUUACCAGGUAGUGUGAAUUAUAUUGUUUCAUUGAAACGAGAAAAUUAAUUAUACAAGACCAAUAACUUUAAUUCUUGUUGAUUGUAAUUUUUAAUAAACUUUUUAUAAUAAUCC